CUGGCGAGCCGGUGUCAACAGCUGCGAAAAGCGGCUCACUGUGUCCGUGCGGCGCCGCUGCUGUGAACGCGUCUGCGUCCGAUUCACGAGUUUCGUCGCCGAGAGCCAGGAUUCGGGAAGCGAAGAAAGGAUGGAGAUGGGCUUCGGAGCACGCAGAGACAGUAAGUGUUACUGGGGCAGCCGAACGGAACAAGGGGACAUUGAGGCUGUCGAAGCACUCGUGUCAAUGAGCUGCAGCUGGAAGUCAGACGGCAGAAGGUACACCGAUCUGAGACCACUAACACCGGCCUCCGAUGUAUCUGAAGAAUCCGAGGAUAGUUUACCGUCCAUUUCUAAAGAUCUCCACACGUUGCCCCUUCUUUGUUUAACCCCACCAUAUAGUCCUCCAACAUUUGAGGCAUCUCAAAUGGCCCACCCUACAAUUCCGACCCCCUGCGCUCUGCCUAAAGGAGGAUUUCCGUUAUCCAGAGAAACGACCAGGGCUACAGCAGCGCCGGAGCUGGUGCCCGUAGAUGCAGCGUAUGUAAGGAGUCCGCAACCAGCCAAGGUAGCCACAGGCCAGCGGUCCCAGGCAACAAGUGUGAUUCGCCACACCGCUGAUGUCUUGCCCUGUACAGAUGGUUCUUGUCCGAUUAGGAUGGUCCAGGAAUCCGCUAGGCUGCAAACAGCAGCUGUGGGUGGAACUGAAGGGAAAAUGAUGGGAAGCGAUGGCGCUGAAAAGAGAAACUGUAUAUCGCAGGAACUGAGUUCUUCUGUCAACCCAGUAAAUGAAAGCAAUGAAGGACAAAACGAAGAUAAGAAACAAAAUCAAAACUUGGCUCUAGCAACUAAUUCCACAGUAGUUACAGGACAAGCUCUUCUUUCAAGGACGCAUCCUCCCAGCAACACUGAGAUUCGGCAAAAUUCGGUGCUGGUCUCGCCUCCGGCCUCUUCCAGUGUCCCUCCACUGCCCAUCAUCUGCCAAGUUGUACCAGUCGCUGCAGGCAACCCCGUUAUGACUGCUGUAGUGCCCAACACUCUGGGUAAGCACCCGACCAUGAUCCCUCCUCCCCUUGUCUUCAUGGGAGCUCCAGUUUCGAAGGGAGCCCUGAUGUUUGUCAUGCCACAGCCCGCGGUCAAGCAAGUGAAGCCAGGGGUUACCAGCCUCAAUGGCACCCGACUGUCACCCAUUGCCCCUGCCCCCGGGAUCCUGCCACCUGUCCAGAAGGAAGAAGCCCAGAUUGAUGUGUCUCGACAUCGCAGCCACAUCUGCCACCACCCAGGCUGCGGGAAAACCUACUUCAAAAGCUCCCAUCUGAAGGCCCACAUGAGGACCCACACAGGUGAGAAACCGUUCAGCUGCAAUUGGGAAGACUGUGACAGGAAAUUUGCACGCUCCGACGAGCUGUCUCGACAUCGCAGGACCCACACGGGAGAAAAGAAGUUUGUGUGUCCCAUGUGCGAGCGGCGGUUCAUGCGGAGCGAUCACUUGACCAAGCAUGCUCGCCGCCACCUCUCUGCUAAGAAGCUAAGCAACUGGCAGGUGGAAGUGAAGAAGCUGAACGACUCCAUCUCCCCAGUGUCAGCUCCUUAGUCCUUGUGACUCCAGCAGUCAUAUUCACAUUAACCAGUGCAAGCAUCACCUAAUGGGAACGGUCGUUCAGUUCUGCUGAAAAUGAUGGAACUGAGUGAAUGCAAGUUUUUAUGUAUUAUGUAUGUAUCUUGUAAAUGUUUAUGCUUAGAUGUAAGCAGAGCAUAGCAUGCUGAACUGAGAGAUUACAGAAAUACAUGAAAUUUGUAUGGAGGGAAUAUGUUACCUUCUGAAAAAUGACUCGUUAAAUGCAGUUCUUACGUGCACAGUGCACACUUUGGGAAGGCAGUGAGUAAGGUGACCUCUAACUGUGAGAGAAGCGAGUUAGUUGUUCACCGUCUCUGGCCCCAGAAGCGGCAGACUGCUGGUGAGUAGGCUUGCCAGCACCGAAGUCUAUGUGAGCUGUGGUCUGAAGUAUCGGGUGGCGGCUGUACACAGUGUGUCACUUCUCAGCGGUGAAAGGAGGGAAGGAGAAGUGAAGGAUCAGGAUCUUCCUGCAUUCAUAUCUAGUGAAUGGAAAGGGUAACGGGGGGGAAAACAGUAGGGGAUUUCGGGUGCUGUCUGAGACGGCAAGGAAGCACACUCUUCAAAGUUCACAAUAAAUUUAUUAUUGAAGAAUGUGUAUGUCACCAUAUACUAUCUUGAGAUUCAUUUUGUUACGGGGAUUCACAGUAAAUGCAUAGAAACACAAUAGAAUCAAUGAAAAAUCAUACACAAAAGUGGACAAACAACCAGUGUGCAAAAGGCAAUAAAUUGUGCAAAUAUACAUAUUUACCCCAUACUUGCUUUUGCCAAGAUGUUGGGGUAGAAAUUUCUAUUUGUGUAGUAGGUGGGAUUGCAUUAGCACAACCAAAUAUUCUGGAGCUGAAUGUUGGGACUCGCCAUCAACAGGCAACUAAAGCAGAUCACAAUGCCCAUACCAAAUUUUCUCCCCCGAGUAUUUAUCUUUGCCUUAUGAAGUUCUGGCCAGAGGGGAUGAAGACAAUUGUCCAAAUUCUGAUUUAAAAAUUGUCAUGGGCGAAUACUUAAACUAGCUAUUUUUGUGACUAAAUGUUUGCCAGAUUUGCAAAUAUAACAAAAAGGAAAUUAAUUGUUCUUUUUCUCAGCAAAGAUGGAAACAUGUCAUAUCUUACAAUAUGAGUUUAUGACUUACGUAUCACUGUAUACAUUUACAUGUUUUGUAAUUACUUGUGUUGCUACUUAUUUAUUUCAUACUGUUAUCACAAACUAUUGAUUAAUAAUCUACU